CUCAGUUAAGUCAACAAAACAGUAUGAGUUUGAUUAAGUUGGUCGUGCUUUUUGCUUACAUUGCACUAGCAACUAGCAAACCUAGCAAGGACCCUGCACUACCCGUGGACGAUUUGAAGGACCUCCUUCUCGCAUCAAUGGAAAACACAAUCACCCUGACAGAACUGGCAACCCAACAAGCUACCAAAGUCAGUGCCAUCACAACCUCACUUACUGAAGCCAGAACAGAAAUCGAUCAGCUCAAAAGCAAGAUCAACAAGCUAGAAGAGGGACAGACCGAACAAGACAAGAACUUGAGUGAUACUAAAGUGGAAAUUAUAGGGCUGACGAGCGAUCUUUCUGCUAAGAUCGGGGCUUUAGAAGAGGGACAGACCGAACAAGACAAGAACUUGAAUGGAACUACAUCGGAAAUUAUAGGGCUGACGAGCGGGCUGGCUACAGCUCUUACCCAGAUGGAAGAUUUCAAGAACGAGUCUCAAACAGAGGUAGAGUCUCUCAAGAGUGAAGUAGAUGACUUGACGGUGAAAGUGGAAGAAGAUUCUUGGCCGGAGGGGUCGUAUUGUAUCUUAGGCAGCGGUGGUAGUUGCCCGGAUGGAUUCACAAGAUAUCAGGGAUGGACAAAAGCGAUUUGGACAUACAGAAAUUCAAACGGGUAUACGCAAGCGGCGACUUUUGGGGACAGCAUAAUAGGGUGCCAUUCGGGUCGUGGUCCUUCAAACGCCAGAAACGACUGGAACACUGACAUUGUCAUAACUUCAUGUUGCAAGUAGAGCUCACCGCCAGAGCACAGUUGAGAUUUUAUUAGGACUUGGAUGGAUUUAGCUUGGUAACUCUUUUUAAACAUUAGCAGAGAGUAGACUACUUUUUAAGGUUAAGGUAAUUUAAAGGGUUCCUUAAGUCUAACCCCAACCCAAAAGUUGUCUACCAUAAUGCAUACUGCAUGUUGUCCGAUUUCUUGGAUAUUACAUGAUUUUAGUCAAUCAUUGAUGUUGCAUGAAAAAAUCAAAAAAUUUUAAAAACUAGAUAGCCAUAUUUGUAUUAGAUCAAACCGUGCAUGCGCAAGUAUCCAAAACUACACGAUCAAAAUUUGCCUGAAAAAUGCACGAAUUCCUGGGAGAUGCAUGAAAAUUAUAAGACAGAAAGAUUUAGUGAAAACAAAAAAUUUGCAUGAAAAAAUGUGCACUAUGAGUAUUGAACAUCAUUACGACUAAAUUCGAAUUAUUUGACCCCCUUGAUUCGUUUUACAGAAUAUAGAGAAUAGUCGUGGCAAGCAUGAUAUAAUAACUAAAUUAUAAAAACUGUCGUUUCAUUCAUAACAUAACGUUAUAUAUUUAACUCAUAUAUGCCAGACCGUGCUAUUUUGAUUUUAUAGUACGUAUUGAAGAUUUAUUGAAGAUUUUCUGUUAACUUUAAAACAUUAUCUU